AUGGGGGCCGGCGCUGCAGGGCUCUGGCUGCGGGUCCGAGCUGAGCCCUGCCCGCCUGCCCGCAGCGACGACUAUCUGUCGGUGGAGGGGCCGCGCUGGAUGCCCGCCAUCUGCCAGGCCACGCGCUGGAAGCUCACGCCCAUGGGCAGGGACGCGGCGCCGCAGGCCUGGUACACGGGCCUGACCAACACGGACGCGCGCGAGGCCUGGUUCACCUUCCCGCGCUGCCUGCACCAGAUCUACCGCCAGGCGCACAGCCACUGGCACGGCUGCCACCGGCACCAGGAACGGGGCAUGCCCGCCGCCUACACCCAGCGCCUGCGCGAGACGGCCUGGUACGACCCGGUGCUGCCGUCCAAGUACCGGGACCCCAACACGCAGUGGAGCAGCGUGCUCUGGAGGGACCGGCCCCUGCGCGGCAAAGAGUUCGUGGUCGACAGGAACCGGUUCGGGGUGGACCUGCGGCCGGCGGGGCACGUGCCCCAGCUCUCGGCGCCCCAGCGGCCCCCCUACACCCUGCAGGACUUCCGGCACUGGAACCUGCGCCCCUACUGCCCAGCCACCGGGCGCCUGGCGCCCCCCGCCCACACUCCCACCCGCUGA